AUGAGCAUGAAGCCUCAGACGGAUGUCCUCAUUAUUGGUGCAGGUCCGACUGGCCUCGUCCUCGCGCUAUGGCUUCACCAUCAAGGCGUCAAGGUCCACAUUGUUGACCAGGCCAACGCCCCAGCCAACAAGUCUCGAGCAAUCGUCGUCCAUGCACGUAUCGUCGAGCUGUAUCGACAGCUCGGAAUAUCCGAAGAUCUCCUCGCUCUUGGUUACAAGCUCCCGGCAACAAAUGUCUGGGUGGAUGGACGGCACAAGGCCAACAUACCCAUCGCAAGCUCUGGUCGUGAGCUGACACCAUACCCCUUCAUGUUUAGCGUACCUCAAGAUGAACACGAGAAGAUGCUGGAGAAGCGCCUUCUCGGUGUUGGUGUUCAAGUACAGCGAGGUACAAAGUUGCAGGGCUUUGUGGAUCACGGGUCAAACAUCACUGCUACCUUGUUCCACGAGGGUGAUGAGACCUCAACUACCCAUGAAGCGUCCUUUAUCGUCGGAUGUGAUGGAGCGCACUCGGCUGUUCGACAUACCAUUGGUGCCAAGUACGAGGGCGACACAUAUAAGCCACUUUUCUACAUUGCCGACAUUGAAGGCGAAGCCGAAAAGCUGUUCAAUGGGGAGGCGCACCUGAUUUUGACGAACAGGAGCUACUUCAACUUGAUAGUUCCCUACAACACAAGUGGCCAUGCACGUUUAGUCGGGAUUACAACCCUGAACAAUGACAUGAAUCCCAAUGCCGACUCGCCUGAUCACGACAACAAGAUUACCUUCGAAGACGUUAGGCCCCAAAUCCUAGACACGGUGCCAAUCAAACUUAAUAAAGUCAACUGGUUCUCUACCUACCGCAGCCACCACCGUAUUGCGGACAAAUUCCGCAGUGGCCGGGCGUUUCUCGUCGGAGAUGCAGCUCACAUCCACAGCCCAGUGGGUGGCCAGGGCAUGAACACCGGGAUUAUGGAUUCGAUCAAUCUAGCGUGGAAGCUAGCGACUGUUCUAAAACAGACGCAAAUGAGCGAUGAAGCAAAACACCAACAUCUAGAAUCCUACGAAUCAGAACGGCGCGCCUUUGCUUUGAAAAUCCUCCAAACAACUGAUACCGGAUUCACGACCUUGACCUCACAAGGAGUCCUUGGGUAUAUUCUCCGGAACUGGCUGAUACCAUUGGGUUUCCCUCUGGCUAUGAAGUUUGAGUUUGCCCGCAAACGGAUCUUCCAAGGUGUAUCUCAACUCAUAUGCAGUUACCGAGGCAGCAGCCUUUCUCAACCCGACGCAGGAGUGGUCCAGUCUGGUGACCGGCUUCCAUGGGUCCGAAUAGGCGAGGAAGACAACUUCUCCACUCUCUGCGAUCUUUGUUGGCAGGUCCACGUCUAUGGAGAGCCCGGGCCACAACUGGGUCAAUGGGCCCAGAAAGCCGGUGCGAAGCUGUUCACUUUCCCUUGGAACGACCAGUACGCCGAAGCCGGUUUGAUCCAGAACGCUGUAUACCUGCUCCGACCCGAUCAAUAUAUUGCAGGGAUUUUCGAGGGCUUGUCUGUCGAAUCGAGACUAGACGAGUAUUUCCUCGCCAGGGGAUUGUGCUAA